AUGGCUCUGGUCAGCGGGGUGCUUAGGUCCUACAGCUCGCCCCGUGACGCAGAGUCGCUCAGCAGUUACGAAGAGCAGCUGAAAACCGUGGAGAAGGAGCGGACGCAGUGGAGGUACUACCAAGACUCGAAGGAGAGGGAGAUCACUAGGCUCCGGCGCCAGCUCUCCGGGAAUGUGCCCCAGGAAAACCUGGAAAACGACAUGAGGAAGCUCUGCGCCGAUUCCCUGGGUCCUCGCUGGGAGAUGGAUAACUCCUGGAAGGAAGAAGCGAUAGCGCCCCGCGGGAGAUCUCCGAGGGAGUGGCUUUCGGAGGAGAAGGAUCUGCCGUCGGAGAGGCAGGCCGGGGCGGACACAUUCGCGAGGAAUUGUGCUGCGUACGGAGUGGGCUCAGGGCCCGCUCCCUGCCCGGCUCACUGCCUCCCCCCUGGGAAGGAAGACACGGCCUCGCUGCAUUCCACUGGUACCCUGGUCCCCGAGUCCAUCUACCUCCCCCCUCCUGGGCAUCUUGUGAAGCAGUACCAGGUGACCUUACAUCAGACACGGGAAAGGCUGGAGAGAGAAACUACUGUUCGCGAGAACCUGGAAGAGGCACUGAGACGGAGCAGUGAGGAUUGCUACCAAGAGCUGUCGAUACUGAAAGAGAAGAUUGAUGUUUCAACGCUGGAAGUUGAGAGAAUUAAGGAACGGUUUGCUGAGGCUCAGCAACAGAAUCAGAAACAAAUGGCUGAGCUCAUGGGAACACACAAGGAGCUGUGUCAGAAGAACAGACUGCUUCACAAGGAGAAUGAGUCUCUGAGGGCCCUCCACGCCACGCUCCAGGGCAAGGCUGGGCACAGCCAGGGACACCAGACGUGGACGUCGCAUAACGUGGAUUCAGGUCAGGCACACGGUAAGAUCACCCCGAUAUACCCACCUGGGGGCCGGGAGGGGCUCCAGGUUUCGGACAAAUUCCUCCACAACCGCCGCCGUCACUGCCGCCAUUUUGCCGCCUUCAGCCCUCCGCCAAUCAGAGUCCACCACCCUCCGCCCCCUCCGCCAAUCGGUGAACGCCCACCUUCAGCCCUCCGCCAAUCAGACGCUAACGCCCUCCGCGAAUCGGAGACCUCCCACCGCCGCACCGUCCGCCAAUCGGAAAUCACCGCCCUUCGCAGCUCCCGCCAUUCGGACGCCGUUCGCCGCCACCCCGCCCAACGCCUGGAGCCAAUCAGGACGUUUCGUCACGUUUCCACCAAUUGGAGAGCCGUUCCCGAUUUCGUUCCUGUGUUUACACCACGCGGCCCCUUCUGGCGGCCAUGUUUAAGAGGGGCAUCCAACCCGUUUGUUUAG